UUCUUCGUUUUUUUUUCCAACCAAGAUCACAGCCUACUUAUAAACACUCCACCUCCUUCCACCUUCUUCCAUCUCUCUUAUUUUUUUUUUUAUUAAUUCAUGUAAAUUAGGAUUAGGGUUUAUCUCAAAUCGCCCUCUACAAUUUUAAAUCCGAACUUCUCUUCGAUUCAUUCCCCCUCCCCAAUAAAACCGGCGCGAGAACCAAUAAAGGUUAGGAUUAGGGUUUUAAAUUCGUUUGCAUUUGAUUCGAAUGAGCAUGGAGAGAUCGUUGGACAGAUCGAGAGAACCUGGUCCCAAGAAGCCUCGAUUGAUCGAGGAACUCAACGCCCGACAGUUACCUCAACGCCCUACGGCAGUUACUACGUUGCCGUCUACGAGGUUUCGAGCAUAUGGCAGAGACUCCGAAAUCAGCGAUUUGGGUCGUGGCGGUGGCGGCGGGUACCAGCCGCAGCCUCCGCCGCACCAAGAGCUUGUGACUCAGUACAAGACUGCGCUUGCUGAGCUCACUUUCAAUUCGAAGCCGAUAAUUACCAACUUGACUAUUAUUGCCGGAGAGAACCUUUCUGCUGCCAAGGCAAUUGCUGCUGCUGUUUAUGAUAAUAUUCUGGAGGUUCCUAGUGAUCAAAAACUGCCAUCUCUUUAUCUCUUAGACAGUAUUGUUAAGAAUAUCGGACGGGAUUAUAUAAAAUAUUUUGCUUACAGACUACCUGAGGUAUUCUGCAAGGCUUACAAACAGGUUGAUCCUUGUGUUCAUUCAAGUAUGCAACAUCUUUUUGGAACUUGGAAAGGAGUCUUUCCUCCUCAGUCCCUUCAGAUGAUUGAGAAGGAACUUGGCUUUGCACCUGCAGUCAAUAGUUCAGCUUCAGUAUCUGCUACAGACAGAAGUGAUUUGCAGUCACAACGCCCACCUCAUAGUAUCCAUGUGAAUCCCAAGUAUUUAGAAAGGCAGCGUCUUCAGCAGUCAAGUAGGAGUAAAGGGGUAGUUAAUGAUAUGACUGGAGCUGUUUUAAACUCAAAUGAGGAUUCGGAGAGGCCAGAUAGAGCUUUGAGUGCUGCACGACCAUGGCUGGAUCCUAGGAUUAACAUGCUUAAUAAUCAGCACACACAUAGAGAUGUAUUUAAUGAUUCUGUUCCUGAAAAGAGCAUGGAUGGGUCAUCAUACGGAGGCAGUGAAUAUAGUUCUGUCAUUUCAAGUAAUUUGGUCUCAGGGGCUGGAAGAACUGGAAGUAAGCUCAUUGAUUUAGGACAUGACAAAACAUGGUUCAAAACAGAUGGUGGUGAUGCAGAUACUACAUCUGGGCAAAGAAAUGGUUUCAAUCUCAAGCGUAGUUAUUCAAAUCGUGAAGCACCAAAGCUCACGAAUUUGGAUGCACAUCGUCAGCCAAGACAAAGCACAACUGACAUACGGAACAAUUUGAUGUCAGGUAACUGGAAAACUUCUGAAGAAGAGGAGUUCAUGUGGGGUGAGAUGAACAUUGGUUUGACUGAUCAUGGAGCCAAUGUAUCAAGCAAUUUGAGCACAGACACAUGGAUGGCAGAUGAUGAGAAUUUGGAAGGUGAAGAUCACCUCCAAAUCACACGCCCUUUUGGAGCAAAGGUCGAUAGAGAAAUAUCCACUGCUAAGAAACAACCACCUGGUUUUGGGGGUCAUCCACCGUCAUCCUGGCAAUUGCAGAAGCACCACUCAAUUGAUAAGUUGAAUCUAAAGCCAGGUUACUCAGAAGGAUUUGUGUCAACUCUUAGUGGAUUACCAGCCAACCCAAGUUCUUUGGCUGUCAAGAAGGGGAACCAAUCCUUUACAUCGAAUGCAGUAGUAGGAAUGGCCAAAUUUGUGGGACAACAAUUUGAUUCUGGGGAAACUGAAUCCCCUUCUGGGCAGUCACCUUUGCGGCAACAGUCUCCAUCACUUCCAGGAGCAGUACACCAUACUCAUUCAAUGCAAAAUUUUGCUGACCAAGAAUUGCCCCAGAAUCUCAAAACCUCUCGAUUUUUGGGAGGUCCGAUAAGUCAGCAUAUUAGAGAUCGCUCACCUACCGGUCAUCCAAUUGUUCAGGUUGGUAACUUGCGAAGAUCACAGGAAAGGGACAUGCACGGCCCAUUAUCUUCCAUGACUUCUUUUCGACCAAAGCUUCAGCAAAAGCAGCUGAACCCAUCUCAGACUGAAGUUACUGCUAAAACUAAGCUGCCCCAGUCUAAAGUUUCUUUAACCAGAGAAACUUCAGAACAGUUGAGCACAAAUAAUUUGUCAGCUGUACCUGUCAAGAGUGGAAUCAUCCCCAAGAAAUCAAUUUCCAGUAAUCUGGAUUCAAGGGAGGAUCCAUCUCAGACUGGGGUUCAACCUACUCAGUCUGGUAGGCCUACCACAUUAAUUUCUUCAGGGUCUGCUGUGGCAUCACCAUCUUCAUUAGAUCCUCUGCAUAAUGAUUCAUCUACUCUGCCAAAAAAACCUCAAGGAAAGGCUGGACAACCACCACAAAGGCUUUCUACUCAACCACCUGCUUCCUCUAGUGUUAGCAGUUCCUCAGCUCCAACCUUAAAUGCUGCCAAAAAUAAUAAAUUAAAUCCAAUUGCAAACCUUUUAAGCUCAUUGGUUGCAAAGGGUUUGAUAUCUGCAGAAACAGAAUCACCAACUACGGUACCAAGUGAAGCGCCGAAGGGAUCCAAAGAUCAAACUGAAAUAAUUACCACCAGUUGUUCUUUACCAGUUACAUCAAUUUCUGGUUCUGCAGCUAUCCCAGUAUCAUCUUCCGGAGAUAAGGUAGAUGCUGCUACAAAAAUCUCUCAUGCCUCACCUCAAUCAACUAGCACGGAAAUCAGAAAUCUCAUCGGCUUUGAUUUUAGACCUAAUGUAAUUCGAGAAUUCCACCCAUCAGUAAUUAGGGAAUUAUGGGAUGAUUUCCCUCAUAAUUGCAAAGUUUGUGGUAUUAAGCUUAAACAAGAACUGUUUAAUAGACACUUGGAGUGGCAUGCCGCAAGAGAACAUGGUCCAAUUAAGGCAUCAAGAAGUUGGUAUGCUAAGUCAAUUGAUUGGAUUGCUGGCAGGACAGAAUAUUCAUCUGAGUCCGAGUUUACUGACUCUGUUGAUUUACAAGACAAAAAAAUAGACAGCAGUCAAUUGGAUACGAUGGUUCUAGCAGAUGAAAACCAGUGUCUGUGUGUAUUGUGUGGCGAGCUAUUUGAAGAUGUGUACUGUCAUGACAGGAACGAGUGGAUGUUCAAAGGGGCCGUUUACAUGAACUUUUCAGAUGUCAAUUGUGAGAUGGAAAGUAGAAAUGUGGGUCCCAUCAUUCAUGCCAAAUGCUUAUCAGAGAACUCAGUGAUCACCAAUUCGGUAAGGCCUAUUAUCUGAUAUUAGUGGACGUCUUCCAGUUGAAAAAUGCAUGUUAGGAUAGUAAAAUCCGUGCAUCUCUCACGAAUAACGUGGAAAACAGAUUUUUUUUUCUCCUUCCGCUUAUUUCUCUCAAUUUUCCUCUUCUUUUUUUUUUCGGGUUGUUUCAUCCUCCCACCAUGCACCUAACAUAUGCAGCAAUUAUGAGAGAAUGGAGUGCUGAAAGGCAUGCUUAAGAAUGCGAAAUUAGAAGCCAUGCUUAACCUAUGCCACUGGCAUGUCGUGCACCAUGGAAGGCAGGUGUGAGAAUUGAGAAGCACAAGCACAUGGUUUUCAAUUGGUUUUGUUGUGUGUAUUGCAGCGUGAGCAACAGAUAAUAUAAUACCAUAUUUUCAUUUUAUUUAGUAAAUCUUUUUGCUGUAAGAAAAAAAAAUUUAUUUAAUAAGCUGUGCGUAUAAUUAGAACAAAUAACCUGGGCACGUGUGGGGGAAAGAUUUGCACGCUGUUGGUGCAAUUCGUGGGAUUCGUAACAUAUAGCACCUCUCCUUCCAGUUUGAUGUUUAAACAUCAAAGCUUCAAUUUGUCUACUUGAAGGGGUGUGUUUAAAUUUUUUAUAGUAAUUUGAUUUGACCUGUUCUA